UCUAAUUGACGGACACAGCCAUCAAGUGUGCAUGAAAUAAAAGCAGGUGCACAUGGAGGUUCCUUUAUUUUUUCAUUCUUUCUUUUAAAAACCAGAAUUCCGAUAAGCUUGUCUGAUGUAUUCUGUUAUCUACAUGUCUAAAACUGUUAACAAUUCAUAUGCCCAACAAAAAAUGUAUCAAGUGAACACUAUAGCAGUAAAAAGUCAAAACAAAAUUAACCAGAAUGACAUUUAAGUUUACAUUAUUAAUUAAUUUUUCAUGUCGGUGCCAAACGAUAAACAACGAAAUGUACGUUUCAAAAGUAAUUGUAUGUUGUCAGGAAUAAGACAUUUUACAGAUAGAGCCAUCAACACAGAUUUAACUUACGCGUCAAUGCGACUAAAAGAAAGAAACGUUAUGCAAAUAAGAAUAAGAAAUAUUGAAGAACUAAUGGAUUGUUUCAUUUUCGGAGAAGAAUUGGGAAGAGGAAAUUUCGCCAGAGUAAUUUCGGUCAAAGAUAUUUGUACUGAUAAUCACUGGGCCCUUAAAAUAAUCGAAAAACCUAAUACAUUUGAUAAAAUGAAAUAUAUACAACAUGAAAUUGACAUUCUAAAAUUAGUUAAUCAUCCUCACAUAAUAUACCUAAAUAAGAUAUAUGAAUCUUCUUCCCAAAUUUUACUAUUAUUAGAAAAAUGCGCAAAUACACUACUUUUGGAAUAUAAAAGACGAAGAAAAUUUAAUGAAAAAGACGUGAAGAAAAUGAUUCAAGAAACGGCCAGUGCAAUAACAUAUUUACAUAAGCAUGAUAUUGUGCAUCGCGACCUUAAGUUAGACAAUAUAUUAUUGGGAAAAAAUCCAAGAGAUCCUAAAGACGCCCUCUACGUUAAACUGAGCGAUUUCGGAUUGAGUGCAAUGAAAUCAGGUGUGGGCAUAUCAUCUAUGUUCCACGAUUUCUGCGGAACGUUAUCCUAUAUGGCUCCCGAAAUGUUAACCAAACCUACUUACAGUCAGCAAUGUGACAUUUGGUCUCUCGGAGUGAUUAUGUACACACUUCUGGCAGGACAAAUGCCGUUUAAUGGUAUUACCGAAGAAGAAUUGAUAACGGAUAUUAUUAACAAUGAUCCUCUAUAUACUAAUAUAAAUAUAUUAAGUCCAGAAGGAUUUAAUAUACUUCAGCGAAUGCUGCAUAAAGAGCCAGCAAACAGGAUCACAGCAGCGGAAAUUAUGAUACAUGGUUGGAUAACCAACGAUCCAAAACAAAAUAAAGGUGCCGAAAAUGUUCUUGAUAUGAUGAAACGAUGGAAAUCCGACUUGAAGGUACCAACACUGGGUACAGAAAGCGACUGGAUUUCAUCUCCACAAAUGUCUACCACUAGUUCAAAUCCGUCUGGCAUUAAGAGGGUCAGUAGACAAUCAGUACCGGUGGCCAUUCAAAAUAUUGAAUUCAAUAAGAAUCGAAAAGUACCAAUAAUUCAUGUUGAACAGAAAGAAAAUAGAAGUGUCAAUAAUCAAAAAAUAACAUCAAACAUAGAUCACAAUGAGUAUAAAGCAGGGCCUUCUAAACCUGUUAUAACUAAAAGAUCUCAACAGAAAACCAAAGAAUAAUGGCAAAAAAAACUUGUACAGAUGGUACUCAACGCAAUUAGAUCUUUCAUUAAAUAACUAUUUCAUCCUAAUUUAACAAGUCCCUUUUGUUAAAU